CGCGCCUGCGCACCCGCCGCCGGCCGGCCCGCCAUGAAGCUGCCGCGGCGCGUCUGGCGGCGGCGGGCGGUGCUGGGCCUGGGCGGCCUGGCUCUGUGCGGCGCCGCGGUGCUCCUCCUGGCGCGCUGCGGCCCCGAGGGUCCGCGCGACGCGCCCGGCCGCAGCGCCCCGGCCCCACGCCCCGCAGCCUUCCUGACCGUGCUGGUGGCCAGCGCGCCCCGCGCCGCCGAGCGCCGCAGCGUGGUGCGUAGCACGUGGCUGUCGCGGCGCGGAGGCCCCGGCGACGUGUGGGCGCGCUUCGCGGUGGGCACGGGCGGCUUGGGCCCCGAGCAGCGGCGCGCCCUGGAGCGCGAGCAGGCGCGGCACGGGGACCUGCUGCUGCUGCCCGCGCUACGCGACGCCUACGAGAACCUCACGGCCAAGGUGCUGGCCAUGCUGGCCUGGCUGGACGAGCACGUGGCCUUCGAGUUCGUGCUCAAGGCGGACGACGACUCGUUCGUGCGGCUGGACGCGCUGCUGGCCGAACUGCGCGCCCGCGACCCCGCACGUCGCCGCCGCCUUUACUGGGGCUUCUUCUCGGGCCGCGGGCGCGUAAAGCCCGGGGGCCGCUGGCGCGAGGCCGCCUGGCAGCUCUGCGACUACUACCUGCCCUACGCGCUGGGCGGCGGCUACGUGCUCUCGGCCGACCUGGUGCGCUACCUGCGCCUCAGCCGCGACUACCUGCGCGCCUGGCACAGCGAGGACGUGUCGCUGGGCGCCUGGCUGGCGCCCGUGGACGUGCAGCGCGAGCACGACCCACGCUUCGACACCGAGUACAGGUCGCGCGGCUGCAGCAACCAGUACUUGGUGACGCACAAGCAGAGCCCGGAGGACAUGCUGGAGAAGCACCGGACGCUGGCGCGCGAGGGCCGCCUGUGCCAGAAGGAGGUGCAGCUGCGCCUCUCCUACGUCUACGACUGGUCCGCGCCGCCCUCGCAGUGCUGCCAGCGGAGGGAGGGCAUCCCCUGAGCCCGCCGCGCCGUCCUGCUGCACGGGGGCGCGGGACACGGGAGGCCAGGCCGGGAGGGGGACCUGGUGGACCCAGUGGCAUGCGGGGCUUUGGGGCAGAUGCCGACACCACGCUGUGCCCAGGGCUGGCACCUCGGCGGCUCGUGUCUCGUUCUGGGUUUGGGAGACCUGUGUGCCCAGCCCGGAGAUAGGCUUUGGGUGCGCAGGCGGAACAAGCCCCACCCCGCGCCCCUCGGAGACUCGUCCUGGGGCUCACCGUGCGCCGGAAGACCGCUCUGCACCGAGCUCUGGACAGCUGCGAACCGGACUGACCCGCAGGCACGGAUGUUGCAAAUCAAGUGUUUUCAUCCAAUCCGCUUUUACCAGAAUUGCCAAGAAUUUACCAUCGCUGGCUCACAUAGAUUAGUCUUUUUUGUGUCUUGCUGGUAUCAUUUGUCACGUGUGAGUGAGAUUUAACUUGGGUUCACGUUAAUUAGCUUUGAUGGUAUCAGUCUGUGUCUCCCUAGAGAGAAUUCGUGAUAAAUAUAACGAAUGUGAGCCUGUGACUUAUUUACAAAUACUGUAAAUCUGUGUAGAAAAGAGUUUAAGUUGGCAGUGUGCAGGUCCUGGUGUUUUUAAAAUUAUUUAAGGAAAGAUUUUUAUAUCAUAACUUGGAAUGUGCCGGUUAAUCUGUUUGUGCAACUUGAGUCAUUCACGCCGCUGCUGCAUUUGUGUUUAAACA